AUGGCGUCAAAACAAGGAAUAUCACAAAAAGCGAUCAGCAAAGAUUUCCUCACGUGUAAAAUCUGUUUCAAUAUUUAUGAGCAGCCGAAAAUUCUGCCUUGUGUUCACACGUAUUGCUCCCAUUGUUUAGAGAAACUGUUCGAGACAUCUGAUGAACCUGGUUCAAUAUUGUGUCCAGAAUGCAGAGAUUCUGUCACACUUUCACAUAAAACUGUUUCUGAUCUAAAAACUAAUUUCUUAAUCAACAGUCUCAUCGAGGUUCUGAAAGUGAAGACCAACAAAGACGUGAAAUGUACGACAUGUACACUUCGUGGUAAUACUUCACCUGCCAAAUGUCGCUGUCUGGAUUGUGGAGACUACCUAUGUCCAAGAUGUUCUGAUGGACACAAUGCCUCCUCCACGACUUGGAAUCACAAGAAGGUUCUCUUGAAAGACAUAAGAAAAGGAUCAUAUGACAAAGAACUCAGAAAUCUGCUCAGAUUAACCUGCUCACAACACAAGGACAAGGAAAUAGAGUAUUUCUGCGGCACGUGCCACACGCCAAUAUGUCUAGCGUGUGUUUUUCUUGAACAUCGGGAGCACAUCUGUUUAACAGCUUCUGAAGCGGUUGUAGCCCAAAAGGACCGACUUGUUAAUUAUGCGGCAAAAGUUAAUGAAAAAUUGCAGCACCUAGAAAACGAAAAGAAAGUGGUUUGUGAAAACUUUGCACGAGUCAAUAAGCAUCAAACUGAAGCAAAUACAAAAAUAGAAAAGCAAAUAGAAGGGAUAAUCGCUCAAAUAGAACAGCACCGACAACAGGCAUUACAGUUGGUAGAGGACAGGAUAGACGAAACGUUGAAGCAGUGUUCUUCACAGGUGGAACAGGCAUAUUUAAAAAUAACUUUAGCAAAAGGAUGCCUGGAGUUUUGUGAGACGAUGAUAGAACAUGGCAAAGACGAAGAUGUGCUCUACCUUGAAGAGACGAUCACCAAGCGACUCCAGCAGCUUGAGGAGCUGCCCACUGUGGAUUUAAAGCCGAUUGCUAGAGAAGUCUUCCCAGACAUCAACAAUCAACAUACAAGACUUAGAAAGUUUACCGAUUGCGCAAACGGGAUUUUGCUAGAACGAUUCACAGUCUCCAUCUGCAAGCCUCUAGCAAAUCUGAGCGUUGAUAAAAGUGGAUAUCUUGUUACCUGUGAAUGGGGAGAUAACUGUAUACGCGUUCGAGAUCUUCAUGGUACGAAACUUACGAGCUGUCAAGUACCUCCAACUUGGAAACCAUUCGCAGCUCAUGAAGACAGAAAUGGUUUUAUCUAUGUUGUUAAUAAUUCUCAACACGCAGUAUCUGUGUUUGACCAGGACGGUACCGAUAUACUACACCACGCAACAAUACCAGAUGGUUUACAGAAACCACUAAAUCUUGCAUUCGACGAUGAAGGUUUGAUGUACUUGGUCAACAUAUUCGGGUACAUUAAUGUCUAUAAAGUUAGCGUGGAAAGGUUGACAGUGAAUGCAUCCAGGGAGUUGGGUUCUACUGCAUGGUACCAGUGA